UCCACAAGCUCUCGGCACCGCGGCGGCCCCCAGGAGCCGAGCGCGGCCGGACUCCAUCUCCCAGGGGGCAGCGCGGCGGGGCUGUGGCUCCCAGCCGGUCCUGGACUCUUGGAACCCUAAUAGGCGUCGGUAGCUGGGCGGUUCCUCCCAGGCCCGGUCGCGGCGCCCCUGCCCGGCACCAUGGACGCCCUGCCCGUCACCUCCGGGGAGCUGCUGUGCCUGGCCUCCAGCCUGGCCUUCUCCGGCCUCUUCUAUUACCUGUACAGGAAGAAGGCCAAAGCGCUGGCUCGGAUCCAGGAGGCCCCGAAGCUUCAGGUAGAUGAUGGUCUGCCUGACCUGCUAUCUGCCACCAGUGGCCAGUGCCUGCAUUAUGUUGCCUUAGAAGGGAUUGUCCUGCCAGCAAAAGCGGCUCUGUCCAGCCAGCACCACGAGGAGCUGCAGGGAGUGAUCCAGAAACUAGUUCUGAAGGAGCAUCGACUGAUCUGGAACAGCCUCGCCCGGAGUUGGAAUGAAAGUGAGCGGGUGGUUUCGGAGCAGGUGUACACGGUGCCCUUUGCCCUGGCAUCCCCCAGUGCUGAGGCAGUGACACGGGUGAGUGUAGAGAGCCCUCUACGGGCUGUCCGGCUGCCCCUGGAGACUGUGUAUGAGCGCUUCCAGCACCCAACCCACGGCUUCAAAGACCUGAUCAGUCACUACCUGAGCGGGGAGAAGCCCAAGGGCCUGCUGGAGACAGAGGAGAUGCUGCGAGUGGGGGCAAGCCUGACUGGCAUCGGGGAGCUGGCCAUGCACCCAGAUGGGACCCUCCACCUGCAGCCCCCAGCUGAUGGGUCCAACUACUUCCUGCACUUGGGGGACUGGCAGACGCUGCUGGCGGAGAUGGAGUCAGUGAGCAGCUUCUGGAAGGGGGCGGCAGUGCUGUGCGGCUUGACAGGCGUGGCGGUGAUCCUGUACGCCCUCUGCCAGGCCUAUCAGCAGCGCCGGCACAAGCAGGAGCAGGAGGAGCAGCGGCGGGAGUUCGAGGCCCUGUGGGGCAGCGGGGACACGGCGACUGAGUCUGGGGAGGAUGCGUCGGAGGACGCCUGCAUCAUCUGCCUGACACGGCCCCGCGAGUGCGUCCUGCUAUGCUGCGGCCAUGUCUGUUGCUGCUUCCGCUGCUACGAGGCUCUGCCUAGCCACACCUGCCCCAUCUGCAGGAGCCCCAUAGACAGGGUAGUGCCCCUCUACCAGGCCUGAGGGGGAGAAGGGGCUUCAAACGGUACCAGGGCAAGAGCAGUGAAGUCCCUGGCACUAGGCAGCACCACUGUGCCCAUAAAACCCCAGCAGCUUGGGGGGCAGUGUGUGAUCCACAAGGGGUUAACCCCAGCAGCUUGGGGAGCAGUGUGUGAUCCACAAGGGGUUAACCCCAGCAGCUUAGGGAGCAGUGUGUGAUCCACAAGGGGUUAACCCCAGCAGCUUGGGGAGCAGUAUGUGAUCCACAAGUGACUUGGGAUGUGAGCUCACAACCAUAGUGUUGGGGGGGGAGGGGGUGCUGCAAGCACCGCCUCCUAGGCUGGGUUUGGGGGGGUGCUCAUGAUCCCCCUCUUCAGUGCUGGUCACAUGGUGGUUGGAGUAUGUGGCCUGAAUUAGCCUCACUCAGCACGAAGCUGUUGCUGAGUUUCCCCCCCCUCACCCAAGCCUCAUAGUGGGUCUGUUCCCAGCAGUCCCAGCUCUGCUAGGAGAGUCUGAUGGGAACUAAUUUCCUCCAAGUCUCUUCCUGGGCCCGGCCUUCUCAGUGCUGACCCCAGGAAGAGGCGGACUGGAGCCCAGCAGGCCUGCGGUGCAAUGCUCCGUCGGUGGCUGGGGAGGCAGUUUGGACACGGUGUUUUUGCUCCUGCGAAGUGGCCAGAUUUUACACUAGAGUUUAUUUUUCUAGCACGUCUUUGUCACUGCUGUGCAGCUAACGUGCUGGGGAGAGGCCGGCGGAAGCUGCGGGGUUGACGGGAGGCUCAGGGUAGUUUGGGGCUGUGGCUUUGAGGGUAGAGAGGGCCUGGCUGAGGGGGCAGCAUGCAUUGCACAACUGAACAGCCAGGGUUGGUGCCUCCUCUGGCUAGGCCCCAUGCAGCAGCAGUGUCUGGUGUUUGUGUGUAGGGUGGGGGGGGUAGGGUGUUUGUCUUUCCCUCAUGGUCUCCUGUGUGAGGGUAUUGAAUUGAAGAGGCUUCCCCUGUGAGUGAGGCCAGCAGCCGGGGCCCUGUGCCGCCCUCACCAUCCAACUCUUGAACCCCCUUUACACCCACAUGUGGGAGUUUGAGGCAGUGCCACAGCUGAAGCAUGGGAGGGUGGAUUGCAGCAGCCCUGGCUUCUGACCGCCCCCAGCUGUUGGAUCCCAGGAGGAGGACUCCCUGAAUCAAUGUUGGUCAUUAUUUAUAAAGAGAAGGAUCAGAGGCUGGGCUUGUGUCUUUCUUUAAGCCACACCCUAGUAAAAGAAUGGGCUAACUUUUAAGAGCGGUGUGGGGGGACAUAGCUGCUGCGUGGAUCACCUAGACAGGCCCAAGGGGGAGAAAUGCUCUACCACAGCGCAGGACUUUCACAGGAUCGCUCUCUCAGGAGGCGAGUUACUCAUUACAGAGCCUUGUACUCACCCUGGCCCACUUACUAGCUGGUUUUCAACACUCCAGCCCCACAGGUACAAAACAAUUCAACAGCCCCAGGCAACAUAGGAGUGCAGAUGAAACCCCAGUGGGAGGGGAGAUCCCCACAGGUACUUACCAGCAGGCAGGGAGAGAGAUGCAGCCUGUUACAAAAUGGCUACUUUAGGGAUGCAGUAGUUUGGCUCACCCAUAUUUAAAGGGCCAGCCCCAGAAAGGCAUGCCGGGAAAACACCUCCACUAAAAGGGGACCCUGCAUGGAAGAAACUUAGGACAUGUCUUUACAGCAUAGUUACCCUGAGUGCUUAGUGCCUGGGUUAGCCUAGCCCAGCUGUGGGUAUCCCCACAGCAAAGCCCUUCCCCAUGGUACUGCGGCCUCAGUGUUUCCCCACUCACCUGUGUGUGGCUGGGGGCAGAGCCCACGGGGGUUUGUGCUGAGAUGCUCCAGGAUUCUAGUCCAGCCAACAGGAGGAGACCUUGGCUGCCCUUGCGGGGUGUUUGUCGGCAGGCACUGGAGGAUGUCAAUACGAGUCAUUUUGCAAAGUGGGCAGGUUCCAGCCCACGUUAAACCAGGGCCCUGGGCUCUAACCCCCCUGCUCCCCAGCUGUGUAAACGCCUGGGCUCAAAGCCCCACCAACCCUGGGUCAGCUGUUCGGGGUUUUUUGUGGGAGGUGGUGUUGGGCGAAAACAAGUCAGAGCCUGGGAUCACUGGUGUUGACUUACCCUUAGCAGAGAGCAGGUAGUCACUGAAGAUGGUGCUGCUGGGGAAGCUCGUUGCUGUUCCAUCACACUCCUUCCCCAACCCCCCCUUUGCAUAGUGAUAUUAUUUCCUUGGGCCCCCUCCCUCUAUAGAAGCUCCCCUUCCCCUGGUGGUCUGUCCCCCAGGGACUGGGGGGUCCCAAGAGCUCCCCACUCGGUGGCUGCGCAGGUGGAGCGAUGAGUCAGGUACAAGAGGCCAGCAAGUUCCCCAAUGGGUUUUGCUGUUAUGUCCUGGGUCUGUGCCGGUGCUGCUGGGCCCUGCUCGUUACUAGCCGCCGACUCAGUCACCUCCUCACAGCAGUGAGUCUCAAAACCCCACAGCGCCUGCGACUGCAAACAUGGUCUGGGCACCUGAGGCUGGAACGUAGCUGCCUCCCUGGAGCAGUACGGAGGGAGAGGGUGACUCCUGCGGCCACAAACCCCACGUUCCUGGCGCAGUGUGGGGGCAGCAGAGUAUGGACUCCCACCCUUUCCUAAGGGAGGCUUAGCACAGGAGCGAUUGGAAAUUGGACCUGGCCCAAGCACUGGGGUGGUCUGGGACUGAACAAUGAGUGGGAGGCUGGUGCAGCAAACAUAGAUCUCAACUGCUGCUCCCGGCAUGGACACUUCCGUGCCUUCUCCCGCCCCGUGCGUGGGAUCAGGCUGAGGGCCUGCAGGAAUGAAUGAACAUUUUUGCUCUGCAAUGCACUAAUGGCAGUCUCGAGUGCGGAAGCACUCCUGGCUGCCUCCAGCAGGGGGUGUGAGGGGACAGCGUUUGCAGAGGGAUGGCAGGAGGCGAGGUGCAAUGGGCCUAGGGUUGGAUUCAUAGGGACGUGGUCUUCAGCCACUGCAGAGGCAGAGGGGGGGAAAAAAAAAAAAGACAGGGAAUCUGAGGAUGGGCCCCCUGAGUGUAGGGUGAGCCACAGGGAGACAGAACUACUCACCUAGAGCAGGGCUGCGGCCGUGAGCCCCUCUCUAAAGGUGCCAGCCACUCGACUGAUCCUUCAUUGUGAGCAGCCAGGUCCCGUCCUGUUGUGGGCCCCCAGAGCAGGGGAACCCCACUGAUCCCCAGCCUUACGGCCUAGGUCCUGCCUGCUGAGAGUUCCUAUAGCAAGGGAGAGCAGGGCAAUGGGUGCAUGGGGUGGGGCGUCCCAUUGCUUAGGCAGGUGGGGAAGUAGCAGCUCCCUCCCCUGUCCUGACUGGGGGGCAUGACCCCUCUGCCAUUCAGCAUGGCCAGCCUGCUGGCCGCUUACCCCCAACUCCCUGCGCAGGUAACUCUCCCUGCUGCUGGCGAGCAGGGAUGGGACAAAAGCCACACGGGCCGGCAGCGGGGCCCGGGCCGGCAGCCACCGAAGGAGGUGAUGGAACUGGAGCAAGGUUUGGAAAAGCCAAGCUGGCUCUUCCUGUCGCUAUGGCAACCCCACACCAGCCUUCUCCACCGCUGUUCCUGCUCACACACUCCGGUUGCCUUGGAAACCCAUCCCAGCGUGUUUGGCAUCUCUGGAGCUCGUCGUUUAUUUUCAUAACACGGAGGCACCUGGGGGGGAGGGGGGAGGGAUGGACUAGCCAGGGCCCCGAGCUCACUGACAGCAGGCUCAGGCAACGCGCCCAGCUGCACAGCACGUGAAGAGGCACCAAGGUGCCGUCCCGGAGCCACAGCCUGGUGUUGGCCCUGAGAGGGGAGUGGCUGCUCCUGGGGCCAGUUGCUCGCCAUUGGCGAUUUGUUUCUUAAAGCCCCAGCUCCCAGAGUCACAUGAGCAGGGGAGAAUCUCAGCUUUUAAGUUGCUAGGGCCCCCCCCCGGGUGCAGAGAAGAAAAUCUUGAAAACAUGAUGCCAAACUGGGAAGGCAAUGAAAAGAGCCCAACAUGGCUUAUUGAUUUAAAGUCUGAUGGGUUUGGGGGUUUGUUUGGUUUUUCGGGGUUUGUUUAUUUAUUUAGGGCCAAUCUGGUCAUUUUUUCAGGCCUGAUUUUUUUUAUAUGCAGGGGGCUGGUAGGCCUGGCUUUAGAAUGCUGUGUGUCAUUUGUGGAAAGCUGUUGCAACAGACCCCUGAAAAUAGCCCAAGGACUCAUGUGGAACCUACCUGAGUCUAUAGGGUUCCCUGGAUAGAUCCAGCUUCUUGGACAGACCAUUAGUCAAUCACUGUUACUUUCAUUCUCUCCUCGCACUGCAAAGGCCUAUGGGUAAUUGCAUGUAGCCACAUGAACUGCAACACAAAUGUUCAGUAAGAUCAAAAGAACCUCCCACUCCCCCAUAAGCAGGUCUUCCCUGCCAGCCCUUUGUAGAGGGAAACCCUCCCCAGCAUGGCCCCUCCACCCCCAUCAGUCCUGCCCAGCCCCCAGCCAGACAAAGGCCUCCCCAGCAUUGCCCCAAGACUAGAAUGAACGCCCCCCCUCCCAGGAACUAUGCCCCAUCACAAGAGUCACCAUCUCCUGCUCUAAAUGCAUGGUGUAUUUCUUUGACCUGCCUUCUCUAACAAACCUACAAGGAAGGGGGAGAGUGUGAGAGAUAUAACAGCACUCUGCUGCCCUAACUUCUCUUCCUGGGGAGAGGAUGAGGGAACAAACACGCAACUGAUGUUGGUCAUGUUGCUCAGUGCAUGACCAGAAGGUACAGAUAGUACGGUGAUAAGCACGGCAUAAGAACUUGUGUAGAACAGAGUAGACUCAGCCCUGCCCAUGCCCCUGCAGGGUGAAGGCCUCUUUACUGGAAGGUUUGGGCUGGUUCUGGCUGCACCUGGGCAGCAUCAGUGACUAAGAAGCCCUCUCAACCUCACUCCGUCAUGGUUGCCCCUACCAGGAUGACCUCACUCCCUUUCAGACCAGUUGCUACAAGGCCCACCCCCAACAAGGUGGUGGCUCUGACUUCAGAGGGUGCGGAACACGAGUUAUGCAGCUGAGAACAUGGGACCAGUGCUCUGAGAGGCGAAUUCCCCAGAGAGCCACAGGGGCCAGUUGAGUUCAGUCAGUGACUGAGCUUCGGAGGUAGCAGAGGGUGAAAAGGGCCCUUGCCCUUGGAUCCAUGACACCACACCAGGCCAAACCAUGAGCUAUCACUCCAUCACAGGGCACCUUCUAGUCCCAGCAGUGUGUACAGGACAGACCCCAGCCGGGUCCGUUCUAUCCUCCAGUUUAAUAACUGAGGCGCUGUGGAGUGGGGAGGAGAGGAGACCCAGUUCCCUUGGGAGUUAAAUCUCUCCUCAGCAUUAGCCUCCCAGCGUGAGGUAUUUUAGGAAGGAGACAAACACCAGAUGGGGGAAGAAUUGGUUGCCAGGAACACGGCUCCCAAUGUGCAGAGAACAUUUGGUGUGAGCGAGCGAGUGAGGGCGGGAGGCAGCAGAGCCCCUAUGGCGGCCCACCUUGUUUGUGUCCUCUCAGUGCCAGAGUUCAGUUCACUGGGCAGAUGAGGCGGGGAUGGGCAGCGAAUUCCCCUUGUGAGUGCUCAGCACCCCUCCCACAGGACACAUGGCCUCCAACACCAGCUCCCUCUACAUCAGCUGCUCCCGUCACCUCAUCGGAUUGCUGGUCCAUAGAACCGGGCAGCCCACUUCCGAGCAGAGACUGGAUCAGACUGUUCAUAGGAGCUAGGGCUGGAGAAGACCCAUUAGGAGGUCUAGUCUAUCCUCCACCAUUGGUCCUUCCAGUUCAGGAUCCCGCCUCUCAGAUCAGAGCACUGGUCGGUGCCUUCUGAUUUCCUGCCUCUGGCAAUGGUCACUUCCCUUAGCAGGAGGCAGAAGCAACUGGUUGUUGGUGGGGCUAGGCAGGAUCUACCAGCCUGCUUCUGCCCAUGCUGCGUGCAGUGACUCUAUGGCAGCACCUGGGCAGGAGACUGCUCAGAGUUGUUGGAGGCAUCACAGGAGGUUCUGUAGCAGUGAACUCACCGAGCAUGGCCUGUGGGGAGCCUAAGGCAUGGGGGGUGAGGGGGAUUCAGUCCAGGGCAUCAUCCAACACAGAGUUCAGCCCCGAUUCCAGCUGCCGGUCCCUCCACCCGCGCUCUCAGCCCAUUCGCAGCUGGGCUUGGGGCUGCCUUCUCCCUGACAGGCUGCAGCCUCCUGGGGCAGAUUCCUUGGGGCAAGAGUAGGGAGUAGCAUCUAAAAGGAAUGACAAGCCAAGGAAGCCACUGUGCCCAAGGGGGAGGGACACCAAGGGCAGCAUCCCAGUCAGUCACCUUGUGCCACUGCCCCCAGGAGGGAGCGGGAAUUCACUGCCCAGGCAGCUGGUCUCCAUGGAUAUGACUGACAGAUGAUAGCCCCGCCCCCACCUUCCUGCUGUCUCACCAGCGCCCUCCCAUUUCCCACCUCAGGGAAUCCAUCACUCUCACCCCUUGGCACUCUGCCCCAGUUUCCUCCUCUUAUGUCUUAUCCCACGGACUGGUGUGUUUGCUCACCUCCAGAUACACCCAGCCCGGCAUGCUUGUCCAUACCCACCAAGAAGGGCCCUGUAACUCAAGAAGCCUUACAAAAGGAAGGGAAAGGGGGCCCUUUUUGGCUGCUUUGCAAUGUCUGAAAGCAGAGCUGCUUGUCUGUAAGGGGGUCUUGCCCCUUUGUUUGGUGCAUUAGAAAGGGUAGGCAAGACAGGACUAUUUUCCCAGAAAGCCCUGGAAUUUCCCAGACAAUUCCCUGCACUGGGACAUUGCAGCUACCAAGGAA